AUGAAUAUGUUGGAUGAUGAAGAUGACCAAAGCUUUCACGCUACGCGUGACGGCUACUCCCAUUUGAGCGAUGUCGAAUGGGAUGCGGUUGAACGAAUGGGUUCGACCAUGGGCAUCCAUGCUGUUAGCGUCAUGCUAGAGGCUCUCAAUAGAGAUGCCCAACAUGCUACUAUCGCCAAGUUCAUUCAAAAUGAACUUGACGCAGAACGCGAGAAAGUAGCCUUGCUUCACCAACAAGGUUCUCAACAAGCAGAGUUGUUGAGAGAACAGAGUGCUCAACAGUUUGGACUGUUGAGACAGCAGCAGGCUGCUGGUGGCGGGUCGAUGCACUCGCGUCGACCCGAGACCUUGAAGAUUGACAUCUCCAAGUAUAGGGGAGUCGAAGAGGACUCCCUAUUGAGAUGGUUCGUCGAAUUGGAUGACGCCAUAAGGGCGCGUCGCAUCGACGACGGGGAGAUGCAAGUUGAAUUUGCCCAGUCAAAUCUGGCAGGACGUGCCAAGACUUGGGCACUGGGGCUCAAGUUGCACGACCCAUAUGCGUUUGGGUCGUUGGAAGUCUUCAAGUCGCGGCUCAGACAAACGUUUGAACCGCCUAGAGCUGAGUUCAGAGCUCGAACCGAACUCUUGAAGCUCAAGCAAGGUAAGCGUGAUGUGCACGCUUACGCGCAGCAUAUACGACAUCUCACGAGUUGUAUAAGUUCCAAUCCGGUGGAUGAACACACGUUGGUUUCGGUGUUCAUGCAGGGUCUUGCGGAUGGUCCCGUCAAUACUCACCCGUUCCGACUUGAACUAGAUUUACUAGAACAAGCCAUUUCCUUUGCGGAGCAGGAAGACUUCAGUCUGAGACAGGCUCGCGCCAGCUCGACAUCGUAUCGUCAACCGAGACGAUAUGACAACGGAGGUCCAGAGCCGAUGGAACUCUGUUAUUGCCCCUCGUCCAGUGUCUCGCAACACUGGGCGUAG